AUGCAGCGCAGUAUUAUGUCAUUUUUCCAGCCCAAGAAAGAGGGCAAAGUGAAGAACCCAGAGAAUGAGAUAUCCAACAGCACCAGAGAAACAGAGUCCCCUCCAAAGGUGGCGCUGAAGGAGCGGAAUAGAGUGGUACCUGAGGGCGACUCUCCAGUGAAGAGGCCAGGGAGGAAGGCGGCCCGGGUCCUGGGCAGCGAAGGGGAGGACGAGGAGGAGGAAGCCCCCAAGCCCCCCAAAAUCCAGAAGCUUGCUCCAGAUUCCCCACAAGUCUCCCCUCCCAGUCCUGGCACACUGCCUGAGAGCAGCCCUUCCCACUCUAGCACCUCUCCCACGGUCGUCUCCCCGUCAGGGAUCCCGAAGCGUCGCACGGCCCGGAAGCAGCUUUCCAAACAGACACUUCAGGAUGUCCUGCAAGAGCAGGGCAAGGGCGAGGGCAGAGGAGCCAAGAAGGAGGAGGAGGAGGAGGAGGAGGAAGAAGAAUUAGAGACACCGACAGAAAGCCUCACAGAGCCUGAAGGGGGCAACAAGAAGGAAGCAGAAGAAGGGGACCAGCCCAGGUCACCCCCUGAGCCCCUGAAGACCUCCACAAAGCCCCCAACAGAAAGCGUUUCAGAGCCCAAGGUGGCCGUGAAGCAGGGACCACAGGAGGACGGCCAGGCUAAGCCUUCCCCCAAAGCUCCCAAGACGCUCAGCAGUUUCUUCUCUCCCCGGAAGCCAGCAAUCAAAAAAGAAGCAAAAGAAGAGGGACCCAGCGCCCUGAGAAAGGACGAGACCAAGGGACACCUGGACCCAUCCAGCUACAAUCCUGCCAAGAGCAACUACCAUCCCGUCGAAGAUGCUUGCUGGAAGGUGGGCCAGAGAGUCCCUUACCUGGCUGUGGCCCGGACAUUUGAGAAGAUUGAAGAGGUUUCUGCGCGGCUCCGGAUGGUGGAGACACUGAGCAACCUCCUGCGCUCCGUGGCAGCCCUGUCACCUGCUGACCUCCUCCCUGUCCUCUACCUCAGCCUCAACCGCCUGGGGCCGCCCCAGCAUGGCCUGGAGCUCGGCAUUGGCGACGGCAUCCUCCUCAAGGCGGUGGCCCAGGCCACAGGCCGGCAGCUCGAGUCGGUCCGGGCCGAGGCAGCCGAGAAGGGCGACGUGGGGCUGGUGGCCGAGAGCAGCCGCAGCACCCAGAGGCUCAUGCUGCCCCCGCCCACCCUCACCGCCUCCGGCGUCUUCACCAAGUUCCGGGACAUCGCGCAGCUGGCCGGCAGCGCUUCCACAGCCAAGAAGAUGGACGUCAUCAAAGGCCUCUUUGUGGCCUGCCGCCACUCAGAAGCACGAUUCAUCGCCAGAGCCCUGAGUGGACGGCUGCGCCUCGGGCUGGCAGAGCAGUCGGUGCUGGCGGCCCUCGCCCAGGCUGUGAGCCUCACCCCGCCAGGUCAAGAAUUCCCCCCAGCCGUGGUGGAUGCUGGGAAGGGCAAGACAGCAGAGGCCAGAAAGACAUGGCUGGAGGAGCAAGGCAUGAUCCUGAAGCAGACGUUCUGCGAGGUGCCCGACCUGGACCGGAUCGUCCCCGUGUUGCUGGAGCACGGUGUGGAGCGGCUCCCGGAGCACUGCAGGCUGAGCCCAGGGGUCCCCCUGAAACCAAUGUUGGCCCACCCAACCCGGGGCGUCAGCGAGGUCCUGAGGCGCUUUGAGGAGGCAGCUUUCACCUGCGAGUACAAAUACGAUGGGCAGAGGGCACAGAUCCAUGUUUUGGAAGGAGGGGAGGUGAAGAUCUUCAGCAGAAAUCAGGAGGACAAUACCGGAAGGUACCCCGAUAUCAUCAGCCGCAUCCACAAGAUUAAACUCCCAUCAGUCACAUCCUUCAUCCUGGACGCGGAAGCCGUGGCUUGGGACCGGGAAAAGAAGCAGAUCCAGCCAUUCCAAGUGCUCACCACCCGCAAACGCAAGGAGGUGGACGCAGCAGAGAUCCAGGUGCAGGUGUGUCUGUACGCCUUCGACCUCAUCUACCUCAAUGGAGAGUCCCUGGUACGUGAGCCCCUUUCCCGACGCCGGCAGCUGCUCCGGGAGAACUUCGUGGAGACGGAGGGCGAGUUUGUCUUUGCCACCUCUCUGGACACCAAGGACACGGACCAGAUCGCCGAGUUCUUGGAGCAGUCGGUGAAAGACUCCUGCGAGGGGCUGAUGGUGAAGACCCUGGAUGUGGACGCCACCUAUGAGAUCGCCAAGAGGUCGCACAACUGGCUCAAGCUGAAGAAGGACUACCUGGACGGCGUGGGCGACACCCUGGACCUUGUGGUGAUCGGCGCUUACCUGGGCCGGGGGAAGCGGGCCGGCCGCUACGGGGGCUUCCUGCUGGCCGCCUACGACGAGGAGAGCGAGGAACUGCAGGCCAUAUGCAAGCUCGGAACGGGCUUCAGCGACGAGGAGCUAGAGGAGCAUCACCAGAGCCUCCAGGCCCUGGUGCUGCCCGCCCCACGCUCCUAUGUCCGGGCCGACGGCGCCGUGGCCCCCGACCACUGGCUGGACCCCAGCGCCGUGUGGGAGGUGAAGUGCGCAGACCUCUCCCUCUCCCCCAUCUACCCGGCUGCCCGGGGCCUGGUGGAUAGCGAGAAGGGAAUCUCCCUCCGCUUCCCUCGGUUUAUCUGCGUCCGUGAGGACAAGAAGCCGGAGGAGGCCACCACAAGUGCCCAGGUGGCCUGUCUGUACCGGAAGCAAAGUCAGAUUCAGAACCAGCAAGGCGCAGAGCCAGAAUCCGACCUGGAAGAUUUCUACUAG